AUGCGGUUUCACAACCCCUACAGGCUCACCCCCACCCAGUGUCACCAGGCUGGCGCCUCUGUGAGAAAGUCCUACUGCAAGAGGCCCUGGGGCAUUGUCAUUUUCCUCUUUCACCCUGUCUGGGUUGUCAGCGAAUCCCCAGGGCUCUCUGAACCUGGAGCCUUCCUUGGUCAGGUCCCUGUGGCCGCUGGAAGGAUGAAUUCCUGCACCAUCGUAGUGAGGCUGCUGCUGUCUGGGCCUCUUUUCUUUGCCCAGGUCUACAGCUACAACCUGGAAGUCCGCCACGUGCAAAACUUCUCGUUCCCACACGCCGGGAGGCAUUUUGGGUACCGCGUUCUGCAGGUUGGAGACUGGGUUGUCGUAGGAGCUCCAGGUGAGGGGAACAGCACAGGAAACCUCUAUCAGUGCCAGGCAGGCACUGGCCACUGCAUCCCAGUCAGCCUGCAUGGUUCCAACUAUACCUCCAAGUACUUGGGAAUGACCCUGGCGACAGAUGCCACAAAGGGAAGCCUUUUGGCCUGUGACCCUGGACUGUCUCGGACAUGUGACCAGAAUGUUUAUCUGAGUGGCCUGUGUUACCUUUUCGACCAGAAUCUGAAGGGUCCUGUGCUGCAAAGUCAUCCUGGUUAUCAGGAAUGUAUAAAGGGCAACGUAGACUUGGUAUUUCUGUUUGAUGGUUCAAUGAGCCUGCAGCAAGAUGAAUUUCAGAAAAUUCUGGACUUCAUGAAGGAUGUGAUGAGGAAACUCAGCAACUCUUCCUACCAGUUUGCUGCUGUUCAGUUUUCCACGGAAUGCAAAACAGAAUUUGAUUUCUUGGAUUAUGUUAGGGUGAAGAACCCUGAUGCUCUGCUGGGCAAAGUAAAACAUAUGCGGCUGUUGACCAAUACCUUUCACGCCAUCAACUAUGUCACGGAAAAGGUGUUCCGGCAAGACCGGGGGGCCCGGCCAGAUGCCACCAAAGUGCUUAUCAUCAUCACUGACGGGGAAGCCACUGACUCAGAUCAGAACAUUGACUCAGCCAAAGACAUCAUCCGCUACAUCAUUGGGAUCGGAAAGCAUUUUGAAACCAAGGAAAGUCAGGAAACGCUCCACAAGUUUGCCUCAAAACCUGCAAAGGAGUUUGUAAAGAUUCUGGCCACGUUCGAGAAGCUUAAAGAUCUGUUCACUGAGCUGCAAAAGAAGAUCUAUGCCAUUGAGGGCACGAGCAAACAGGACCUGACAUCUUUCAACAUGGAGCUGUCCUCCAGUGGGAUCAGCGCUGACCUCAGCCAGGGUCAUGGUGUCGUGGGGGCAGUCGGAGCCAAGGAUUGGGCUGGGGGCUUUCUAGACCUGGAUGCCAAACUGCAGGAUGAUAGAUUUGUUGGGAAUGAACCGCUGACACCAGAAGCAAGAGCAGGAUAUUUAGGUUACACUGUGACCUGGCUGCCCUCCGACAAAACCCUCACAUCCCUGCUGGCGGUUGGAGCCCCCCGAUACCAGCAUGUGGGGCGGGUGCUGCUGUUCCAGGAGCUGAAGGGCAGAGGACACUGGAUCCAGGUCCAGAAAAUAGACGGGAUCCAGAUUGGCUCUUAUUUCGGUGGCGAGCUGUGUGGCGUUGACAUGGACCAAGACGGGGAGACAGAGUUACUGCUGAUUGGAGCCCCCCUGUUCUAUGGGGAGCAGAGGGGAGGCAGGGUGUUUGUCUACCAGAGAAAACAGCUGGGGUUCGAAGUGGUCUCAGAACUGCAGGGGGAUCCUGGCUACCCUCUCGGGCGAUUUGGAGCAGCGAUCACAGCCCUGACCGACAUCAAUGGGGAUGAGCUGGCGGACGUGGCUGUGGGGGCCCCUCUGGAGGGGCAGGGGGCUGUGUACAUCUUCAACGGGCAGCAUGGUGGGCUGAGCCCCCAGCCAAGCCAGCGGAUAGAAGGGGCCCAGGUGUUCUCAGGAAUUCGGUGGUUUGGACGCUCCAUUCAUGGGGUGAAAGACCUUGGAGGAGAUGGCCUGACAGAUGUGGCUGUGGGAGCGGAAGGGCAGGUGAUCAUACUCAGCUCCCGGCCUGUAGUAGAUGUCCUCACUCUGAUGUCCUUCUCCCCGGCUGAGAUCCCAGUGCAUGAAGUGGAAUGCUCCUAUUCAGCCAGUAACAAGAAGAAAGAAGGAGUUAACAUCACAGUCUGUUUCCAGGUUAAGCCUAUUACCCCCCAAUUUCAAGGGCACCUGGUUGCCACCCUCACUUACACUCUGCAGCUGGAUGGCCAUCGGACCAGAAGCCGGGGGCUGUUCCCAGGAGGUAGACGUGAACUCAGCAGGAACACAGAGGUCACCCAAGAUGAGUCCUGCAUCAAGUUCUGGUUCCACUUCCCGGUGUGCAUUCAAGACCUCAUCUCUCCCAUCAACGUCUCCCUAAAUUUCUCUCUCCGGGAAGAAGAAGGGACACCAAGGGACCAAUGGCUGCAGGGCCAGGACAUUCAGCCCAUCCUGAGACCCUCACCGCAUGCAGAGACCAAGGAGAUCCCUUUUGAGAAGAACUGCGGGGAGGACAAGGAGUGUGAGGCAAACCUGAAGCUGUCCUUCUCCCCUGCGAGAUCCAGAGUCCUACGUCUGACGCCCUCUGCCAGCCUCUCCGUAGAGCUGAUGCUGAGUAACUUGAGAGAAGAUGCCUACUGGGUCCAGCUCAACCUGAGCUUCCCCCAGGGACUCUCCUUCCGCAAAGUAGAGAUACUCGAGCCCCACAGCCAGAUACCUGUGAGCUGCGAGGAGCUUCCUCAGGAAUCCAAGCUUCUGACCAGGACCCUCUCUUGCAACGUGAGCUCUCCGAUCUUUAAAGCGGGCACCUUGGUUGCCAUCCAGGUGAUGUUCCACAAGCUGCUGAACAGCUCCUGGGGGGACUUUGUCGAGCUGCACGCCAGUGUGAACUGUGACAAUGAGGACUCAGACCUCUUGGAGGACAACUCUGCCACCACCAGCAUCCCAGUCCUGUACCCCAUCAACAUCCUCACCAAGGACCAGGAAAACUCCACGCUGUAUGUCAACUUCACCCCCAAGGGUCCCAAGAUCCGCCAUGCCAAACACAUCUACGAGGAUCCUUCUGUGACCUGCCACCGUGUGGAUCCGGAGACGCUGCCCACUGUGGCUGAGCCUUGUUUGCCCGAAGCCAAGUUCCGCUGCCCACUUACGUUCAAGCAGGAGAUCCUCGUCCAAGUGAUCGGGACAAUGGAGCUGGUGGAGGAGAUCAAGGCCUCCUCCAUGCUCAGCCUCUGUAGCUCUCUCUCCAUCUCCUUCAACAGCAGCAAGCACUUCCACCUGUAUGACGACAGUGCCUCCCUGGCCCAGGUCAUCAUGAAGGUGGACAUCGUAUAUGAGAAGGACAUGCUGUACAUCUACGUGCUGAGCAGCACUGGGGGACUAUUGUUGUUCCUGGUGAUUCUCGGGGUACUCUACAAGCUCGGCUUCUUCAAACGGAACCUGAAGGAGAAGAUGGAGGCUACCGUAGAAGCUUCGAAUGGAAUCCCUAGAGAAGACUCUGGACAACCAGAGCCCAAGGAAGAGGGUGGGGAUCCGGGCUGCCUGGAGCCCCUCCAGGAGGAGGAGACCCAGGAUGGAAAUGACAAAGACUGAGGUCCAGGCCUGAUGCAGAGGGCCCAGGACUGGACCCGGGAGGCCUGGUACCACUCUGCCUCUACCUGUGUUUCACUGCGUGUCUUCAGGCAAAUCACUGCUCCCACCUAGGCCCCAGUUUCGCUGUCUUGCACGUGGAG